UUGAUAUUUAGCUGGUGUUGCUGGCCACACUUACUACUGUUUGUACAAAGUGAGAAGUGGAAACAUUUUUCCUCCUUAGCUUGUCCUUACUCUUUAACCAUUUCUGUGGCUUCCUAGUUCACUAAUUACUGACCCUGAUGGCUCAACAUUGCUUCAAAAAUGAGUAUUUUGACAGCUUGCUGCAAUCUUGUAUACCCUGUCACCUUCGAUGUUCCAGUAAGCCACCUUUUUCAUGUCAGAGCUAUUGUAAUGAGAGUACUACAGGUCAAGUAAAAGUAUCAGAUGGAAUUCUUUGGAUCGGUUUGGGAAUAGGAGUGAUUUUAACAUUCACAGUGUUCAUAUUAAUGGUCUUGUUUAAAAUGAGGCACCCAAAACAAUCAAAGGAAGAACUGAAAAACACAGAGUCUGCAAUGGAGCUGAAUGUUAUACUCAAGGCUGAUAUUGAGACCAGUGUGAAUACAGAUAUAAUUGGAGAUUCCCUCCAAAGUGAAGCAUCACUGAUGUAUUCAGUGGAGGAAUGCACUUGCGGGGACUGUGGCUUGGUGAAACUCCAAACUGGCUUUGAUACUUCAUUCCCAUUACCAGCGACAGAGGAAGGAGCUACUGUUCUGGUCACCACAAAGACUUCUGAAUAUUGCAGCUAUAUUCCAGGUGCUAUGAUGACUCUGUGAUAGGGAAAUGGAAGCAUUUUUUACUACAUAAUAAUCAAUCAGAUCAUCCAGUAUAAGUAUACUCAUAAAUUUUAUUAUUUGCUGUCAGUAGAGAAGGAUAGUAUAUGUGGUUUCUUUAUAGCUCUUGCAUUUAACUUUAAUUGGUAUUAUAUUAUUUCUAAUUUUAGUCUCUCUUGGGAGCUAUUUACUGGAACUUAUAAGCUAUAAGAACCCUUAUGUGGGGAAAACUUUUCUGCACUAUCAUUAAAGACUAUAUUUACUAGACAAAAGGUUGGAUGUGCAUAAAUGCCAUCAAUA